ACGGAAAUUGCUUUGCGGCCCGCACGGAAAUUCCUUUCCUUUCGGCUUCCGCUCUUGGUCCACGUGAGACAAGCAGGCUGCUGAGAUGACCGCGGACCGAGCUGCGGAGAGCCUUCUGGCUUUGAGCCAACAGGAAGAACUAGUGGAUUUGCCAAAAGACUACCCGUUGAGUGCCAGUGAAGAUGAGGGGGACAGUGAUGAAGAGAGAAAGCAUCAAAAGCUUCUGGAAGCAAUCAGUUCCCUUGGUGGAAAGAAUAGGCGGAAAUUGGCUGAGAGAUCUGAGGCUAGCCUGAAAGUGUCAGAGUUCAAUGUCAGUUCUGAAGGAUCAGGAGAAAAGCUGGUCCUUGCAGAUCUGCUUGAGCCUGUUAAAACUUCAUCCUCGUUGGCCACUGUGAAAAAGCAACUGAAUAGAGUCAAAUCAAAGAAGACUUUGGAGUUACCCCUUAAUAAAGAAGAGGUUGAACGGAUCCACAGAGAAAUUGCAUUCAAUAAUACCUCACAAGUCCUCUCCAAAUGGGAUCCUAUUGUACUGAAGAACCGGCAAGCAGAGCAGCUGGUUUUUCCUGUGGAGAAGGAGCAGCCAGCCUUUGCUCCCAUUGAACAUGUGCUCAGUGGCUGGAAGGCAAGAACUCCGCUGGAGCAAGAAAUUUUUAACCUCCUCCAUAAGAACAAGCAGCCAGUGACAGACCCUUUACUGACUCCUGUGGAAAAGGCCUCUCUCAAAGCCAUGAGCCUGGAAGAGGCAAAGAUGCGCCGAGCAGAGCUUCAGAGGGCCCGGGCUCUACAGUCCUACUAUGAGGCCAGGGCUCGAAGAGAGAAGAAAAUCAAAAGCAAAAAGUAUCACAGAGUCGUGAAGAAAGCAAAGGCCAAGCAAGCCCUAAAAGAGUUUGAGCACCUGCAAAAGGUCGAUCCAACUGCAGCUUUGGAAGAACUGGAAAAAAUUGAAAAGGCCAGAAUGAUGGAGCGAAUGAGCCUUAAGCACCAGAACAGUGGGAAAUGGGCCAAAUCAAAGGCAAUUAUGGCCAAAUAUGACCUGGAGGCUCGACAAGCUAUGCAGGAACAACUGGCCAAGAACAAAGAACUGACGCAGAAACUCCAAGCAGCCUCAGAGAGUGAGGAAGAAGAGGGAGGCACAGAAGUAGAAGAACUCGUCCUCGAUGCAGUGAAUGAAGCACAGAUGAAUGCAGAUGGACUGAAUCCCUGGAUGCUCAGGAGUUGCACCAGUGAUGCAAAAGAGGGUGAAAUCCAGGAGGACCCUGAACAACUGCCAGAGCCUUUGGCCCACAAUGUUUCUGAAAGUGAGGAUGAAAGACCAGUGACAGAGGAAGAAAUUGUGUUGAAAGAAUUUGAGAAAAGGCGAUCCCUUAGAAAAAGGUCCGAGCUCAACCAGGAUGCUGAGUUACGGGGCAGUCAAGAAACAAAAGAUUCUACCAGCCAGGAGGUGCUAUUUGAAUUGAGAACACUGUCUCAGAAAUUCAAGGAAAGCCAUCAGUCCAGGAAGCAAAAAGCAAGUUCAAUGGAGACUGUUCCUCAGGUCCAGAGAGAGGAACCUGCCCCAGAAGAAGAAGAACCUCUGUUGCUGCAGAGGCCCGAGAGAGUACAGACUCUGGAAGAGCUAGAAGAGCUGGAGAAAGAAGGAUGUUUUCAAAAUAAGGAGCUUCCUAGACCUAUGUUAGAAGGGCAUCGGUUGAAGAAGAACCCAAAUAAUCAGACUGAUGCCCCUAAGAAGAAAAGGAAGGAGCAAAUGAUUGACCUAAAGAACCUCCUAACCACAAAAUCUCCUUCCGUGAAGUCUUUGGCAGUUCCCACAAUAGAGGAGUUGGAAGAUGAAGUGGAGAGAGACCAAAAGCAAAUGAUAAAGGAAGCUUUUGCUGGGGAUGAUGUCAUCAGAGACUUCUUGAAAGAGAAAAGGGAAGCUGUGGAGGCGAGCAAGCCACAGGACGUGGACCUGACACUACCUGGCUGGGGCGAGUGGGGUGGGGUGGGCCUGAAGCCCAGUGCCAAGAAAAGACGCCGGUUUCUCAUAAAAGCCCCUGAGGGUCCUCCAAGGAAAGACAAGAAUUUGCCAAAUGUAAUUAUCAAUGAGAAACGCAACAUCCAUGCAGCAGCUCAUCAGGUGCGAGUGCUCCCAUAUCCAUUCACCCACUAUCGGCAAUUUGAAAGGACCAUCCAGACCCCUAUAGGAUCUACAUGGAACACCCAGAGGGCCUUCCAAAAACUGACUACUCCCAAGAUUGUCACCAAGGCAGGCCAUAUCAUUAAGCCCAUAAAAGCAGAGGACGUGGGCUACCGGUCUUCCUCAAGGUCGGACCUCUCUAUCAUACAGGGGAAUCCAAUACGACUCUCCGCACAUCACAAGAAACAGCUGAAGAAAAACUCUAUAGAUUGAGUUGCUGGAAGAGUGACAUCUUGAUGCCUGGGACCAGGAGCCCUGAUUGCUCCUGGUUUGGCCCAGUUUUAUUCUGCUGCAGGAUGGAUUCCAAAACUGGCUUAGCACACUGUGGGUGUAGUUAAGCUACAUUUUAGAAAUAAAGGCAUUUUUAUCUAUUUAA